AUGCAUGGAACGCAUCCUGUUCAUUGCAAACGUUUGGUGGGAGAGGUGGUGUUACAGUCACAGGGGCCGGACUCCCUGAAUGUGGGAACUCUGGAAACGUCUUAUAAUGCUUUAUUUGCGAACAAAUGCAUUGAAAACCUGGGAUGCUUCUACACAGGGCCCCCUUUCUGGGACCCCCUCUACCGUCCUAUAAGCCUUCCUCCAGCCGAUAAAAUCCGGACUCGAUUCCUUCUCUACACUCGAUCCAACCAGGACGAGCCCACUUUGCUGAACUUAACAAAAGAAGGGGUGAUGGACUCGAAUUUCGACGCUGGAUCACCCACAAAAAUCCUCAUCCAUGGUUACAAUGUCAAGCUACUUGAUGGUGACGUGCGAUUUAUUAUGAAGGAUGAAUUACUCAAAGAGGGCCCCUACAACGUCAUCAUCGUGAACUGGACUGAUAGCAACCAGUUCCCUUAUUACCAGGCUUUUGCUAACGGCAGGGUGGUGGGAGCUCAAACUGCAAAGCUCAUAGAGCUCUUGAUGGAGAACCAAGGUCUCAAACCAGACAGCGUUCAUAUCAUUGGGCACAGUUUAGGCGGGCAAGUCUCGGGAUGGACAGGUGAGAGAGUUUCGGGCGUUGGAAGGAUCACAGGUCUGGAUCCUGCCGGUCCCUUUUUCCAGAAUGCUCCCAACGAAGUCAGACUGGACGUCACAGAUGCAGACUUUGUGGACGUGAUUCAUUCCAAUGGAGGCGACAAUUACAUUGAAGGUUUAGGAAUCAAAGAAGCCAUUGGGCACAUGGAUUUCUAUCCGAAUGGCGGAAGUAGCCAACCAGGAUGCUUCUAUCACCAUAAUAUGACGUAUGAAAUGACCGACGCGGUUGACAAUUACGUCACAAAUUCCUGCGCGCACUCCAGAGCCAACUUCUACUUUGUCGAUUCCAUCAACAGGUGCACGUUUAUGGCGGUGGAGUGCGAGAGUUACGCGAGCUUUGAAAAAGGGGAGUGCGACCGGAAUGGAACAAACGUCAGCGUCAUGGGGCUGGGGGCCCAAAAGAUCCCCGAUCUCGAGGGGUCACGCAAGUUUUAUCUGAAAACAGAUGAUGAAUCGCCUUUCUGUGAAGAAUGA